AGUGAGGACCAGGAAAGAGCGGAAGUUGCCCGGAGAAAGUUACAACGCAUUUCACACAAUGGCGAAGCUUAGUUAACUAGUGUUGAUACCACUACUGAAAAUGUGGAAACUGUAAGGCAAGGGACAACUGAGGUUGAAAGGGGUUGCUUUUAUGGUUGUUGUCCAAACAUGAAGUCACGUUACUCGCUGAGCAAGAGAGCUUAGAAAAUUACAUUGGAGUUGAUUCAACUUCAAAGUGAAGGCACCAAUCCAAAUUCUUUCUCCUUUUAGUUCAAAGUCAUGAGGCUAUACCUAGUAACAGUGGUGAGGUGUUUGACUCUAGAAAAUUCAAGGAGGAUGAGGUCAUGGAAUCUUUGAAAGAUGAAGGGGUCACUAUGAUUGGGAUAUGUGGUGUGAGGGGUGUUGGUAAGACAACACUAGAUGACAAAAUCAUGCAGAAGGCAAAGAAAGAAAGGAUGUUCAAUGAUGUUGUUAUGGUAAUUGUUAGUCAACAAUCAGACCCUAAAAGAAUUCAGGGUGAGAUCGAUAGAGGAGUUGGACUGACAUUAGAAGGGGAUGAUAUGUUGAGUCAUGGAGACCGGCUGUGUACAAGGUUAGUGGAUCAGAAUAGUCACAUUCUUAUAAUCUUGGAUGAUGUAUGGAAGGCUCUUGAUCUAAAGAGACUUGGAAUUCCAAGUGGAAGAAACCACAAACAUCAAUACGAAGUGAUAUUCACAACGCGUUUCCGAUUUGUUUGUGAAGCAAUGGGAGCUCAGAAGAUUAUGGAAAUUGGGAUGUUAUCUGAAAAGGAAGCUUGGAUCCUUUUCAAGCAGAAAGUCGGUAAUUUUGUCGACAUUCCUUCUCUACUUGACAUUGCAAAAGAGGUUGACAAAGAAUACAAGGGGCUGCCGCUAGCAAUUAUAACACUUGCAGGAGCACUUAAAAAUCUUAAAACCAAGCCUUCGUGGGAUUGCGCCCUUGAACAAUUAAGAAGUGCAGAAACAAGAAUUAUUCCUGUGUGUGUGUGCGUGCGUGCGUGCAACACAGAGGACAAAAUCUCUAAUGGAUCAUCACAUGUCCUGAGAAGAAACCUCAGGUUUCCCUUCAACUGCGUCUGCACUCAGGUGAAUAUUGUUUGUUCUGGUGAAAAGUUUAAUAGAGAAAUGAUGCUCAAAGACAUCCAACUUAGAUGGAAGUCACAGCUUCCCAAUUCUGGAAAGUGA